AUGGUCCAGGCCAGGAUACAAGUUUUCCCACCUGAAACACACACACACACACACACAGUCGCUAUGAAGUCUAGUUGGGGCCUAUUGUGUGUGCUGCUGGUUUUGUCUACGACCGGGACCGCGACAGGUGGGAACAUUUUGGUGUGGUACACCGAGGGCAGCCACUGGAUUAACCUCAAACCCGUGCUGGAAACACUGGUGGACAGGGGACACCAAGUAACCGUGCUGGUGCCGAGCACCUCCAUCUACGUGAACGCCAGCGAGCCAUCCAGCUUCGGCUAUGAGCCCUUCAGCGUCUCCAUCUCCAUGGAGACACUGGAGGAGUUCCUGCAGGAGUUCCUCCACUUCUUCAUGUAUGAGAUGGACCAUAUGAAUUACCUCCAGAUCUUCAUCAGAUUCGUCGAGUUAAUGAGGAAAGACAUGCGCUUCGCUCUCCAGUACGUGGACGGCGUGCUGAAAUCCGACGCUGUCAUGGGGAGGCUGAGAGAGGCCGGGUACGACCUCCUGCUUGCCGACCCCAUCUAUCCCGGCAGCGAAGUGCUGGCGGACAUGCUGGAUGUCCCCCUGGUCUUCUCGCUGCGCUUCUCCAUCGCCCACACAUGGGAGAGGCUGUGCGGUCAGCUUCCCGCUCCGCCCUCCUUUGUCCCCGGAGCCAUGAGCAAACUGACCGACACCAUGACCUUCUCCGAGAGACUGAUGAACUUCCUCUUCUACACCAUUCAGGACGUGACGGCUUACAGUCUCUGGCAAGACCUCGAUAAGUACUACACCGAGAUCAGAGGGAUACCCACCAGUGCCUGUGAGAUGAUGGGGAGAGCGGACAUCUGGCUCACACGAACCUACUGGGACUUUGACUUCCCUCGCCCUUCCCUCCCCAACUUCAAGUUUGUUGGUGGGCUCCACUGUCGACCCGCUAAACCCCUGCCAGAGGAUAUGGAAGAGUUUGUGCAGAGCUCCGGAGAUGCUGGCGUUGUGGUCUUCACCCUAGGAUCCUUCCUCAAUAGCAUCCCCAUUGAGAAGGGGAACAUGAUUGCGUCCGCCCUCGCUCAGAUCCCCCAGAAGGUUAUUUGGCGACACAGCGGAGAGAAACCAGAGACUUUGGGUGCCAACACUAGAAUCUAUGACUGGAUCCCCCAGAAUGACCUACUGGGUCACCCCAAAACCAGAGCUUUCAUCACCCACGGUGGCACAAAUGGGAUCUAUGAAGCCAUCUACCAUGGUGUGCCCAUGGUGGGAAUUCCCAUGUUUGCUGACCAGCCAGACAACAUGGUCCACAUGAAGGCAAAGGGAGCUGCGCUCAUCCUGAACUUAAGCUUCAUGGAGACAAAAGAUCUUGUGGACGCAGUCAACACCAUCAUUAACCAGCCGUCGUACAAGGAGAAUGCCAUGCGGCUGUCUAGCAUCCAUCAUGACAGGCCCAUCAGCCCAAAAGACGAGGCCGUGUACUGGAUCGAGUUCACCAUGAGGAACAAAGGAGCCAAACACCUGCGGGUCCAAGCCCACGAGCUCGCCUGGUACCAGUACCACAGCCUGGACGUCUUCGCAUUCGUGCUCACCAUCGUUCUGCUCCUCCUCCUCCUGUUCAUCAAGACGUGCGGCCUCUGCCUCCGCAGAUGCAGUGGGAGAACGAGGAGGGCCAAGAGGAAGGCCGAGUGAGCGCUCUUCCGGCUUCCACCCGCGCUGCGGUAUGAAUGUCAGAGGUAUCCCGGGAGCUUUAUUUCAACAAGGUGCGGCUCAGCUGAAGUACGACACCAAGUUUAAAGAGCCAAGAGGACGCUUUUUAUGUUCACGUCAAAGAUUCCUUUUCCCACGUGCGUGUGCAAUGCCGCUUUGAAUUUUUGAUAAACGUGACAAUCAGUUCAAGGUUUUUUGUUGUUGCAGGCCAUUUACAUCACACAUGUCGACUUGUUAUAACACACAAGUGUACUUAGCCUGGUACUUCAUUAGUAUAACUGGACACGCCUGUUGCCAAUUCUGUUCAAAUUAAAGGCAAGCCGUCAUUGGCUGGGUCAAAGAAAAGCACAAAAAUUGCUUAAGAAGGCACUAAACUAAUUAGACGCUACACAACGUGGUGCAAACAAAACCUCGGCAUGGGACAAAAAGACUGCUAAAGGUUAAAAAGAAAAUCAAAUAAACAGUCUUUCCACACCACUCAAAAAAACAUAGCAACUGGGCGUCUGGGUAGCGUAGUGGACUAUUGUUGCCUACCAACAUGGGGAUCGCCAGUUCGAAUCCCCGUGUUAUCUCCGGCUUGGUUGGGCGUCCCUGCAGACACAAUUGGCCGUGUCGCAGAUGUGGGUAUGUGUCCUGGUCGCUGCACUAGUGCCUCCUCUGGUCGGCUGGGGCGCCUCUUCAGGGAGGAGAGGAGGAGGAGGAGGAGGAGGAGGGGGGGGU